AUGCCAGCCACCGCCGACCCGGAGCUUGGGGUCCACAAGAAAGACGAUGACUUGUUUGUCAAGGGCGGCAAGAAGAGGACCUCGUCAAUCGGGUGGAAAUCCGCGCCUCGUGUAGCUCCCCGGAAGACGUUCAAACGCCUUGGCCUCCUGGUCUUGAUCGCCGCUGCCGCCUACCUCUUCAUCCACAACAUCCCCACCGACGUGGGCCCACGACGUACCGGCCGCCCCAACUAUCCGAUCGCGAAAGCCCCAUCUGAGGCUGCUCCGAAGCCUCAAGCCCCCAGCGCAAUCGACACGGUCGACGAGGACGAAAGCGAGGCCGGGCCUCCUGACCGCGAUUAUGAUGGACCGGUCAGGUUUAUGGAGCUCGCAGAGACUCUGCACGCAAUAAGUGGGACUCAUGGAAGCUCGACGCUUAACAAGAAUGUCUUGUUUGCCGCGUCAAGCCUGAGAAGCGCCGGCUCACUACUACCCCUGGCUUGCAAGAUGGGCAGGGAGUUGAGAGCUUAUGUCCAUUUCGCGUUGCUGAGCAGAAACGACAUAAAAAUUGAGGAGCUGCGGGCUGUCAACGGUAUCGGCAAGAGCUGUGAGAUCAUAUUUCACGAUGCGCGCGCUGAAUUCCCCAGCAUUUCUUCUGACGAGAGAUUCGCAAAGUCCGUCGAACGAGCACUGUACCACAUCAACAACUACAUGCACCCUCAAGCAAUUAUUGUCGAUUCUUCUGAGGCGGAAGAACCGCUGCUACUCAAGUCAUUGCAGAAACAAGCGAAAAAGAUGGAAAUAGGUCAAGCUAUUGUGGAGCUGCCCGGGCGCGCAGUAGAUCGCCUCUCUUGGAUGUCGAAACUAGACGCGCAAUCGCUGUCGCAUUGGAACCGGUUCAGCGUAGAUAUUUUAGUCCAUGCGCAUGCAGGAGCAUCGGGGAGUCUUAUCAGACUGCUGAAGUCUCUGCGAGCGGCCGACUACACUGCGAGCGCCGUGCCCCAUCUGACUAUCGAACUUCCGGAGGAGAUCGACCCGCCGACCGCUCAGUUCCUACAGACAUUCCACUGGCCACCUCGCAGAGCCUCCAAUCCCGCGAUUGCAAACCAGCUGACUCUCAGACAUCGGAUAACAAGGCGCGGUGACACGGAAGAGGAGAGCUCGGUCCGGUUUCUCGAGGGGUUCUGGCCUUUGAACACAGGCCUCUCCCAUGUCCUGGUUCUAUCUCCCCAAGUCGAGCUAUCUCCCAACUACUUCCAUUAUCUGAAGUUGGCCCUCUUAGAAUACCGGUACUCGGGCCCUGCAAUCUAUCAAGCGUGGGACAAGAGAGUGUUUAGCUUAAGUCUUGACCUUCCCAGCAAGAUCCUCGAUGGUAGAGCACCGUUUGUGCCGCCGACGGGACAGGUUGGCAGACCUGACGGACCCGAGCUCGGUGCCGCGAGUUCCAGCCAUACGACUUCAUUCCUCUGGCAGGCGCCAAACAGCAACGCGGCACUCUUUCUGGGGGAGAGGUGGGCUGAGCUGCACGGAUUCGUCUCGCAGCUGUUGGAAGCGCAACACGGUUUCCAAAGCACACCAGCUCUCCUGGCCGAGAAGUCAGUCAGCAAGGACUAUCCAUCGUGGCUGGAGCAUGCCCUCCGUCUUUGUCGCGCUCGCGGGUACAUGACUGUCUACCCGGGGGCAGAUCUCGCAGCGAGCCUGGCGACCACUCAUGGCGAGUUGUACCAGAAACCCGAGGAGUACGAGAACGAUAAGUCGAGGACGAAACACGGUGACGAGGAUGAAGUCAUUCUUCGACACGGUACCUUACUGGAUGGUCUCCCGAAUGGUGAGGGGCUGCCGCGGUUCAACGAGAUGACGCUCCUCUCCUGGGACGACAACCGGAUAUCGCUCGAGGACCUUAACGAGGAGUCGAUCAAGUACGCAGCCGGGUUCAGGCGCACUGUCGGUGGUUGUAGGACAGGUCAGGCGGCGGAGCCAGACCCGUCUGCGAAGGACUUGUACUGCAUGGGCGACGAUGGGGUGUAG